AUCACUGGCUGAGAUCCCACUUCUGAAUCCAGUUGUAGCUGAGACCCCGAGCUUAGCAGGUCUGCUUAACUUGUCAUUCCAAGGAAACAUCCACACACUUUUCAUAAUUUCAUUAAACAAAAACAACAACAACAAUUAUUAUCACCAUUGAUAAUAAACAAUCAUUUUUUAUUGCCAUUGUUUGAAUCUCUCGAUCGAGUUUCUUGUGAAUCAGUCGCUUUAGUUCGUGGACACUUUAAUAGUGAUUUAAAUUUUUCAAUAGACACCCAAGAGACAAUUGUUUGGUGUAGUGAUUUUUAAAUUUUAAUUGUAAAAACUAAAUGGCUGUCAGUACUCUCAAUAUGGCACCAUACUUCACUGGAUAUCCUUUCCAAGGGCAAGGACGAGUCAAUCAAUUGGGCGGCGUAUUCAUCAACGGUCGGCCACUGCCGCAUCACACUCGUAUCAAGAUCGUUCAGAUGGCUGCAGCUGGUGUGAGACCUUGUGCAAUUUCCCGAGAACUUCGCGUAUCCCAUGGAUGUGUAUCCAAGAUACUCAACAGGUACCAUGAAACAGGAUCCGUUAAACCUGGAGUAAUUGGCGGCAGUAAACCGCGCGUCGCUACUCCAGAAGUUGAAGCCAGCGCUAAAGAUCUCCAACGUCAGAAGCCUGGAAUUUUUUCAUGGGAAAUUCGCGAUCAAUUAAUAAAGCAGGAUGGAGUCUGCGAUAAAACAUCCGCACCAUCGGUAUCAAGUAUAUCUCGGCUAUUACGUGGACCAACAAAUCAAACACGUCUCGGUGAUGACCCAAGACGUAAUCAUUCUAUUGAUGGAAUUCUCCGUGGUAGCAGCGGCGAUGACUCCGACACCGAGAGCGAGCCGGGAAUUACACUCAAGAGGAAGCUAAGACGCAGCAGAACAACAUUUACUGGAGAACAGUUGGAACAGCUUGAAGCCGCCUUCCACAGAACCCAAUAUCCCGACGUUUAUACUAGAGAAGACUUGGCUCAAAAAACGAAAUUGACAGAAGCACGAGUGCAGGUAUGGUUUAGCAAUCGACGUGCACGUUUACGUAAACAACUCAACAGCCAGCAGUUGAAUGCGUUUAAUACGAUGAGUCUUCAAUCCUUCCAAACUCAGCACGGAUAUCCAAGUGGUGCCGACAGCUACCAAAGCUACGGUCAGGCCUCAGUAGCUGCGGCUGCAGCAACCACAGCGGGGUAUCCUCAACACUACAAUUACGGCGAAAACUACUACAGUGCUGCGCAGCAACAGUGGCCUCGAGCGACACCAGAAAACUAUGGACUUUUUAAUAGCUCGCAUUAUGGAAGUACAAACCUGGCAUCAAAUUUAUCACCGAGCAAUCUAAAUCUCGGAGGCCUGGGCGGCAACGUCAGUCCGACAGGUUCUAAUAUGAGUGCUUGUAUGGUCCAAGGGACACCAACUACUGUAUCAAACGGAAUGGGCCACCAUCAUCAUCACGUGACACCUCACAGCCCGAGUGAAGCCAAAAGCGGUUAUCCAUACCUCGGUGCCAUUGAUUCACAAGUUUGCGGCCGAGUACACUGAACUUUAAUUAAUUUACCGAAUAACUAAUUUACACUGUAGUUAAUUUCCGGAGAACGUGGAGUGAACGACUGCGUAUUUAUUUAAUUUUCUUGGAGUAAAAUUCACUCCGGGGAGUUUAUUUUAAUAUUUAAACUCCGAAUCGAAGUGAAUGCGGAUUUGAAUAAAGUCCAGUUCACUCCGCGGUAAAAAUAAACUUCCGGUUUACUUAAUAUGCGGAAUGAUUUCUUCUAAAAUUUCAAGUGACGGAGUGGAUUCGGAUUCAACUAAAUGACUCCGAAUUCACUCGGAUUUUUUACAGCGUAACAAAAUAAAAUAUCAAUAAGUAACAAAUUAAUAAUUAACAGACUAACUAGACUUAAUUUUUUAUAUAUCUAUUAACUUAACAAUUGUUGAGAUACCAGUGACUUAUUUAUGAAUUUAAUAAUUAUAUUAACUGAUUGACUAGACAUAGAAAAUUUACCACGAGUGCCUUGAUUAUCUUUUAAUAAUAAUUAUAAAUUAUAAAAAAUUUAUCAAUGCAACAAAUAUAUAAUUAAUGCAACUAAAUUGUUAAUUAACACGUAGUACUUCUGUUAAAAAUUUAUUAUAAGAAAUUUUAAUGUAAAUAAAAAAAAGUAAUUAAAAAUUUUAUAAAAUGUAAAUAAAUUGAUUUAUAAUUUUAAAUUGGCGACAUUAUUAAUUACUUAUCAAUGUGAUUUAUUAUUUGUUUAUUUAAUUGGCCAGUUCAUGUUUUGUAAAU